AUGCGCGCCCUAAUGAGCCUUUGGCUGUGUCUCUGCACCAGCCAUGCCUUUGACCCGAACAACGCCUACUUGCCAGCCAACAAUGAAUAUUCACCCCGUCCCCUUGUGACGGAGUAUUUCAGCUACACUGCACCACCCGAGGACGAUCAGAGCUUGCCCCUGCAAGCAGCUCGCCAGCUUGCCACAGCACUCGCACCUCCGCAGCAGGUUGUUUUCAUACGCACGCCGGAGACAAGUCUGUUCACGCUGACGGCCAAGCAGCUGGCGGCGAGCAAAGCUUUGGAUAUCUACGUGCUCCAGCGUCAUAUGGAUGCGGCCGCAUUGGCCGAACAAAGGGCAGCCAUUGAGCAGCAGGCAGGUCACAGGCCAACAGUUCACUUUGUCAAAUAUCGCACGCCCGCCGAUGUAACUCGGGCUCUGAGCAGGCUGCGGGCCAAUUACGAUCAGCUGCCGGGCAACAGCUAUAGCCAUGCCGUGGAAACCGCAAAUGUCAUUCACCUCAACCCACCGCAGCAUUUGGCACAGCCCGAUCCAGUGGUGUUCAAGAUCUUGCCCAAGGAUGCUACAGAGUACGAGACUGACGAACAGGCGAGGGAACUGGAAGCCGCCAAGCUGCAGGCGCUCUUUCGGCCAUAUUUGCCUCGAGCGCAGCGGCGUUAG